GUGAAAAGCGUUAGAUCACAUCACGGGGUGUGUGGGUAAGAUGAUAAAGGUUGUGUCACUUUUCAAACAUUCACAUCACUAUCGAUCCAACGGACACUGGUCAAUUCUUGAAGUACUUGACAGAAACCUGAAUGGAACAUUUGUUCGUUCGUGAAGGGAUUUAAUAGUUUUGGAGAAGAAAUAAUUUUGCCUCCGUCUUCCAGCCAACACAGGUAACAAGGCAACCAGGAUACGGCCACUGAGAGUUGUCCUUCACACACCCCUCUCCCCUCCUACGUCUGUGUGUGUGUGUGUGUGUGUGUGUGUGUGUGAGAGAGAGAGGGAGAGUGAGUGAUUCCUGGAGAGAGGAUGAGGGCCACAGUGCUGGUGCUCCUAAUUCUGGCGAGUUUGUGUGCUGGGAGUUCACGCUUCUCUCGUGACACGACGCAAGACGACUCUGACCCAGAACCCAGCAAUGGAGCAGAGUCCAAUUCUGCCGUCGUCAUGGGCAACGGCUCCAACCCCGCGGACCGUCCCAUGAUGUCACACCCGCCAAUGUGCGUGAAGCAAACAGAAAUUAGGCACGCAUUUAAGUAUGUGAACACGGUGGUGUCCUGCAUCAUCUUUGUAGUGGGAAUCAUCGGGAACUCUACCCUUCUGCGGAUCAUCUACAAAAACAAGUGCAUGAGAAAUGGGCCCAAUGUCCUCAUCGGCUCCCUAGCCCUGGGGGACCUCCUCUACAUACUCAUCGCCAUCCCCAUCAAUGUCUUCAAGUUGCUGGCUGAAGACUGGCCGUUUGGUGUGUAUAUCUGCAAACUGAUGCCCUUUAUUCAGAAAGCCUCAGUGGGAAUCACCGUCCUCAGUCUGUGCGCUCUCAGUAUAGACAGGUACCACGCGGUGACGUCGUGGAGCCGGGUGAAGGGUAUGGGGGUGCCACUGUGGAAAGCGGUGGAGGUGACGCUAAUCUGGCUGGGGGCGGUGUUGCUGGCGGUGCCCGAGGCGAUGGCCUUCGACAUGAUGGAGAUCUCAUACCGCGGGAACAAGCUGCGUGUGUGCCUGCUUCACCCUCACCAGACAUCACCAUUCAUGAAGUUCUACCAGGAUGUGAAGGACUGGUGGUUGUUUGGCUUCUACUUCUGCCUCCCUCUGGUGUGCACGGGCAUCUUCUACACCCUCAUGACCUGCGAGAUGCUACGACGCAAGAAGGGGAUGCGCAUCAGCCUGAAUGACCACAUGAAACAGCGGCGUGAGGUGGCUAAAACCGUGUUCUGUCUGGUGGUGAUCUUCGCCCUCUGCUGGUUGCCUCUCCAUCUCAGUCGCAUCCUAAAGAAGACCAUCUACGACCAGUCCGACCCCAACCGCUGUGAACUGCUCAGCUUCUUGUUAGUGUUGGACUACAUUGGCAUCAACAUGGCCUCCCUUAACUCCUGUAUCAACCCAGUGGCGCUCUACUUUGUCAGCGGGAAGUUUAAAAACUGCUUCAAGACAUGCCUGUGCUGUUGGUGCCAGAGGAAAUCCAGGAAUAUCUCUCCGACAGACGAGCGAGGAUCCGGUGUCCGCUGGAAGGGCUCGUGCCAUGGUAACGGCCUAGACCGGACCAGCUCACGAUCAAGCCAGAAAUACACCUCCACCUAAGACAGCGGUUGGGAGACAAGUGGCAGGCCAGGUCCGGUCUGAUUCUGGUUCUUGCCAACAACGCCCAUCAACAUUCAGUCACUGCACGGACUGAAACAGUGACACUGACUUGCUGUUACUCCUCCUUUAUACCUGGAUAUGAAGCAAAAGUUCCGCUUGGGAGGAAUACAGUCACAAGCAGACAGAGGAAAGUUCCGGAUCAACAAGAGAGAGAGAAAACUGAACAGGAAAGGUCCUGCCAAUCUGGCUGUUGGUCACUGCAAUGGAAGGAGUAUUUAUCCAUGUAGAAAAAAAAAGAAAAAAAUAUAUAUUACACCACAAAUAUGUAUAUUUUUUAAUCAUGUGGACUUUUCGAUUAACUUACAAUGUUUAUUUUGGUUUCUGUGGCACCCUGGGCUGUGCUCUCUGGACCUUCAAAGAGAAUGGUACCCCAGAAAAAACAUCCGUUUGGGGCAAACACAGGCUUCGUUGGGCCCGUCUGAAGGACAGUCACAUUGAAACCAAACCAGGGAGGGAGGGGUGGGUGGGCAAACACUGUGCGGGACAAGGUGUUAUUUAAUGAUACAUAUAUGCUGAAUAUGUACUUGUAAAAUUAUUAUUAUUAUGAUUCAUAGAGACAGCUAGUAUAUCUUUUCUACGUAAAUAAUUUGUAGCAAGUCAAGUUCAAAGGAACACCUGUCUUUACGUAACUUUUAAUGACGAUUUAGUGAGACAAAAUGUCACAUCAUAAGGAAUAUAACCUGAAUGACUCAGGUCUUAAGUAGAACGUCUUUUUGAAGCCACCUCACAAUCACAACUUCUACCGGUGUCUGUUUUCAGUAUGAGACGGCAAGUGAAAAGAGACCCUUAGACCAAAGAUCAAAUGUGAGCAUGUCAACUAAGUGCUAAGUGAACAGGUAACAUUUUUUCAUGUGUAAACUUGUUCAAAAUAUUUUCCUAAAGAUUCUUUAUAUUGCCUUCUUUGUUUUUCAUCUUAAUCUUUAUUCUUAAAGUAUUUCAAAUAUUAACAAAAAGCCUUUCUACUGAGUAUUGAAUUUGUUGACCAAUAUACAGUAUGGCAAUAAAUACUAUUUUAUCACA